CGGAACAGUCGGCGCUUGCUGUCGUAGUGUCCAACAUGCUCCCUCGGUUGCGGCCAUCCGCUGUACCUUUACCCGUGCAAUUUCGUGAAAUCGAGUCGUUGGGAGUCCGUCGAGAGUUCCUUGGGCGGCCGACGUCGGAACCCGACGCCGUGUAGCCAGGAAUCAGACUGCGAGCUAGUGCCAGUGGUAAUUUAUUAUUUUAAUAAACUGUUUAGUUUCACCUGCGCGGUAUAAACUUUUUUAAAGGAAGUGACAGUUUGUUUUGUUUUGGAUAAUAACCCAUAUAGCGGAAUUUGUUGUGAUAAAUAUUUAAAGAAAUUCGGAAAUUCCUCGGUUCCAGUGUUCGCGGGAAUGUGCGACUGGACAAGUGGAUGAAUUUUUUCGAUGGAUGUUCGGGUGUUGGGUGCUGUGUUGUGGGAUUGAAAAAGACAGUCUCGCCAAUCUCGCACUGGUCUCAGAUCUGUGAUCUGUCUUUGCUUAUUUACACCUGCAUCAGGACUCCCUCCGAACGCCGCCUGAGAGAAUGUGAGCUUCAAAGCCAUGCCGUUCCGAAAAACCGCCCGGCCGCACACUUCCUAAAAAUGCCCAGGAAAUUUUUAGCAGCCCUGAAUAUGGAGACGUUUCGCGCAGGGUGUCGUCGGGAAUAGCGCGUUGCUAAGACCACGAGGUGCGAGGGUUGGUUUCACCCUUAAUCCUCAAAAUUAUCCAACGCCAUCGCUGGCUACUAUGCUAAUUGCACAUUGGAUCCGAGCCCUCAUUGCGGUGCUUGGCUUCGCCGCGGUUGUUCCUCUCGUAGCUUGCAACGAACACUUCAACCACACAGUCUUCGACCUUCCUCGCAUUCGGCGCAGUCCUCGCAAACACCACCACCUUCACGAAAGUUGGUACGACCCCAACAUCCCGCUGCGCUUCCCCGGCAAGUUCCUCAACCAGCGCGACAACCAGAUGCUGCUACGACAGGAGAGCCGGAACGGCAGCGGCGUGGACUGCUGUCCGUCGGUCCUCGAGAUGAUCGAGCCCGAGGGCGGGAAGAACCAGGACGACGAGUACGUCGAGCUGUACCGGGACGGCGACUACCGGCAGCGCUUCUACGAGCUCUCCUGCCACGCCGACAUCCUGGGGAAGCCGUGCCGGUUCAUGGACAAGAAGCUCCACAACAGCUCCAAGUGCGUGCAGAAGUACAGUUACACGUACGCGCUGGUGAAGGACCCCGGCCGCCGCCACCACCAGCGGCCCAAGAACUUCCCCUCGUUCCCGGCCGCCGGGCCCGGGGGCACCACGUGGACUUUGGACUACAUUCGUGUGAGAAGUGGUUGUGGGUGCGUGGUUACGCCGAACAAGAAAAAGCGCGAUAAACAGAAACACCAUAAAAAAGCGAAGUUAGGGGACAGCACGAACUAAUUCAAAUUUUAGGUGAAAUGCGUUAUGCCAAAGGAGACGAACUUAGUUAAGAUACACGAGAUUGUUACCAGCCGAUGGAGAUUUCUUCGAGGCGGACAACGGACGAUUAAGCUAGGCAAUUCGGCGGGAGAAAAUUGGCAAUCGGGCGGGUUGGGUAGGCGGCGAUUUUUUUCGGGGGGCAGGCGUGAGUAAAACUGGGGUCUUCGGACUGGGGGUGGCGUAGAUUGGAAAUAAGGGUGCAUUUUUUUUCAUUUAACUCCGUAACCGUGAGUCUGACAAAAGCUUUUUGAGGAUUUUUCUAGAUAAUUAAUAAGGGAUGAAAACAUUUUGGAUAAAAUCGUACAAAAAAAAUUGCUUCUUGGAUUUUUGAGAGCAUUUCCUCUAAAACUCUAAACGAUUACUAUUUACUUAAUAAGUUUUACGAUUAUUCAGCGUUGCCAAGGACGUAAGUUCAUAAAUUUAAAAUUAGUGCAAACAAAGAUCUUGUAGGUUCUUUGGAUCCUUCUAGAUCCUCUAGAAAACUUUAGCUAAUCUAGAUUUUCUAAAUUCCGUAGAUAAUCUAGAUUUUCUAAAAUUUCCAGAUUCUUUAUUUAAAUUUUAGAGACAUUUCACAUCUUUAAACCCUUCAAAUCGUUCACAAUUUCUAGAUCUGUGAGAUCUUGAGUCACCUAACAUUCUUUGAUCCUGUAUAGUCUUUAGAUCCUUGGAGUCUUUAGGAUCUUCUUGGAUACUCUGUGUCAGGCUUUGCGUAAAUUGGAUCCUCUAAAUCGUGUAGACUCUUUAAAUCCGUGAGAUCUUUCACGUCUUUAGAUCCUUUUACCCUUCACAGUUUUUAGAUGCCUGAGGUUCUAUAAACAUUUUCCGCUGAAACGUUUAGUUAACCUGGAUCUCUAGACUUUUUAGAUCCUCAAAAUCCUAUGGAUCUUUAGAUUCGUGAGGUUUCAACACCUCUUAAAUUCUUGAGAAUUUUUAUAAUGUUUAGGUCCUGAAGAUCCUUUGUAUCAUUGAGAUCCUUUAGAUUCUUGGGGUCUUCAGGAUUUUUCUAGAUACUAUAUAGGAGUAUCUGCUAAACUUGAGAUCAUCUAGAUCGUCCAAAUCUUCUAGAUUCUUUAAAUCUUCUAAAAGAUCUAUAUGAUUUAAAUCCUUCACAUCCCUUAAAUGUUUAAGAUCUUACACAUUUUGUAGAUCUCUGAGAUCCGAUAAAUCUUGUAGAUUCUUUACUUUGUUUGGAUUCUUCUGAAUCCUCUACAUCCAUUGAGGAGUUUAGCUAACCUAGAUCUCUGGACUGUUUAGAUCUUUUAACUCCUACCGCUCCUUAGAUUCCUGAGCUUUCAAUUCGUCUUAAAUUCUUGAGAAUCUUUAAAAUUUGUAGAUCCUGGAGAUCCUUUGUAUUUUUUUAGAUCCUUGAGAUCCUGUACAGUCUUUAGAUCCUUGGGGUCUUCAGGAUUUUUCUAGAUAUUAUAUGUCUGAUAAACUUUAGAUAAUCUAGAUCGUCCAAAUCCUCUAGAUUCUUGAAAUCUUCUAGAAGAUCUAGAUCAUUUAAAUCCUUCACAUCCCUUAAACCUUUAAGAUCUUACACAUUUUGUAGAUCUCUGAGAUCCGAUAAACCUUUUAGAUUCUUUACUUUGUUUGGAUCCUUCUGAAUCCUCUACGUCCAUUGAGGAGUUUAGCUAACCUAGAUCUCUGGACUUUUUAGAUCUUUUAACUCCUACAGAUCCUUAGAUUCCUGAGUUUUCAAUUCGUCUUAAAUUCUUGAGAAUCUUUAAAAUUUUUAGAUCCUAGAGAUCCUUUGUAUUUUUUUAGAUCCUUGAGAUCCUGUACAGUCUUUAGAUCCUUGGGGUCUUCAGGAUUUUUCUAGAUAUUAUGUCUGAUAAACUUUAGAUAAUCUAGAUCAUCCAAAUCUUCUAGAUUCUUUAAAUCUUCUAAAAGAUCUAGAUGAUUUAAAUCCUUCACAUCCCUUAAACCUUUAAGAUCUUACACAUUUUGUAGAUCUCUGAGAUCCGAUAAAUCUUUUAGAUUCUUUACUUAGUUUGGAUCCUUCUGAAUCCUAUCUGUCCAUUGAAGAGUUUAGCUAACCUAGAUCUCUGGACUUUUUAGAUCUUUUAACUCCUACAGAUCCUUAGAUUCCUGAGCUUUCAAUUCGUCUUAAAUUCUUGAGAAUCUCUAAAAUUUUUAGAUCCUGGAGAUCCUUUGUAUUUUUUUAGAUCCUUGAGAUCCUGUACAGUCUUUAGAUCCUUGAGGUCUUCAGGAUUUUUUUAGAUAUUAUGUCUGAUAAACUUUAGAUAAUCUAGAUCGUCCAAAUUCUCUAGAUUCUUGAAAUCUUCUAGAAGAUCUAGAUCAUUUAAAUUCUUCACAUCCCUUAAACCUUUAAUAUCUUUCACAUUUUGUUGAUCUCUGAGAUCCUAUAAAUCAUUUAGGAUCCAGUAGAGCUUUUAAACCUUUCUUUGAAUCCUUCUGGAUCCUCUAUGGCCGCUGAAGAGUUUAGCUAACCUGGAUCUGUGGACUUUUUAGAUCCUUUAACUCCUACAGAUCCUUAGAUUCCUAAGGUUUCAAUACCUCUUAAAUUCUUGAGAAUCUGUAUAAUUUUUAGAUCCUGGAGAUUCUUUUUAUUUUUUAGAUCCUUGGGAUCCUGUACAGCCUUUAAAUCCUUGGGGUCUUCAGGAUUUUUCUAGAUACUAUAUGUCUGCUAAACUUUAGAUAAUCUAGAUCUUCCAAAUCCUCUAGAUUCAUUAAAUCUUCUAAAAGAUCUAAAUUAUUUCAGUCAUUCACAUCCCUUAAACUUUUGAUAUUUUUCACGUUCUGUAGAUCUCUGAGAUCGUUUAAGAUCUACUGGAACUUUUAGAUCUUUCAGAUUCUCUAUUGUGGAUCCUUCUGGUUUCUCUGUCUUCUGAAGUAUUUAGCCUGCUUAGAUGCCUAGACUUUGUAAAUCCAACAAAUACUUUUUUAGAACCUUUAAAUCUUUAGGGAUUUUAGACCCCUUAUAUCCACAAGAUCUUUAACUCUUUUAAAUUCCUGAGAUCCCUCACAAUUUUUGGAUCCUUAAGAUCACGGAUAUAUCCGGGAGUUCUUUUGGAUCUUCUAUGUCCACUAAAGACUUUUUAGAUUAUUUUAAUCCUUAGGUUCGUUGGAUCCCUUUAGUUCUUCUAUGUUAUUUGAAGACUUUCUAUAGAUCGUCUAAAUUCCCAAAUAAUGUAGAUGCACCAAAUACUUUUAAAUCUUCUAGAGGUUUUAAAUCCCAAGAUCUUUUAGAUCCGUGAGAUCUUUGACAUCUUUUAAAUUCUUGAGAUCCCUCAUAUUUUUAGAUCCUUGAAUUCUUUUGGAUCUUUCUAGAUACUUAUGUGCGCUAGAAGAUCUAGAUCCUCUCGAUCUUUUAAAUCUGCUAGACUUUUUAGAUUAGAGAUACUGUAGAAUAUGCAGUAUAUUUAAAUAUUUUACACAGGUCAACCUAAAAGAUUUAAAAUUAUUUAAAACAAAACAUUUUUAGGUUUUUUGGAUCCUUCUAGAUCUUCUGUGAUAUUUGAAGAUUUUGGCUAAUCUAUAGAUCCUCUAAAUUCCCAAAUAACACAGAUCCUUUAAAUCUUCUAGAGAUUUUAAAUCUUUUACAUGUUUAAGAUCAUUUAGAUCCGUGAGGUUUUUGAUAUCUUUUAAAUUUUUGAGAUCCCUCACAUUUUUUGGGUCCUUGAGAUCUAUUUAAGUCCUUUCGCAUCUUACUAGAUACCUAUGUCCGCUGAAGACUUUGGACAAUCUUUAAUUCUUCUAUACUUUUAGAUUAUUUUAAUCCUUUACAUCAUCUAAAUCUGUGAAGUCUGUAAUAUCUUAUAAAACCGUGUAACUCUUCACAGUUUUUAGAUCCCUGAGAUCCUAUAGGAGCCUGUAUAGCCUUUAGAUCACUAGAGUUUUAGAUCUUGUAAAUCCUACAGAUCCUUAAAUUCGUGAUGUUUUCAUAUCUUUUAGAUUAUUUUCGGUUGGCUUGUGGGACAACCUAAAAAGAUUUUAAAUUAUUUAAAAACAGAGAGUCUAGGUUCAUUGGAUCCUUCUGGAUCUUCUAUGUUAUCUGAACACUGUGGCUAAUCUAUAGAUCCUCUAAGUUUUCAAAUAAUGCAGCUGCACCAAAUAUUUUAGAUCCCUUAAAUCUUCUAUAGAUUUUAAAUCAUUUAUAUCUUUAAGAUCUUUUAGACUCGUGACGUUUUUGACAUAUUUUAAGUUCAUUUUUUGGAUCCUUAAAAUCCUAUACAGCCUUUAGAUCCUUGAAUUGUUUUGGAUCUUUGUAGAUACUUUAAUUCUUCUAGACUUUUUGAAUUAUUUUAACCCUUCACAUCAUCUAAAUCUGUGAAGGCUGUAAUAUCUUUUAAAACCUCGUGACCCUUCGCAGUUUUUAGAUCCCUAAGAUCCUAUUAGAGUCCUGUAUAGCCUUUAGAUUCUUUGGAAUCUUUACUUUAUUUGGAUCCUUCUGGAUUUUCUACGUUCUUUGAAGUGUUUGGCUAACUGAGAUCCUUAGACUUUUCAGAUCUUUUAAAUCCUACAUAUCCUACUUUGGUUAAUCUACAGAUCCUCUAAAUUCACAAAAUCAUACAGAUGCAUUAAAUACUUUAGUUAUUUUAAAUAUUCGAGAGGUUUUAGAUCCCUUAUAACCUUAAGAUCUUCUAAAUCCGCAAGGUCUUUGAGAUCUUUAGGGUAUCCAGAAAUCUUGAAUAUUUCUGGAUACCCUACUUCCGCUAAAGAUAUUCUAGAUCAUCUAAAUAAAGUCCCAUUAGGAUCCUCUACAGCCUUUAGAUCUUUAUAUUUUUUACGUUUUUUUUAUGUAUUUAUAUCAAAAGUUCAGAUUAUUAUUGAAAUAUUCAUCAGUUGAAAUAAAAUGUCACUUUUAAUAGUUAAUUAAUUCUAUUUAACAAGAUUUUUUCGGCAACGCUUUAAACUAAGCAUUAUUAAGUACGUAUUCCAGAGAUUUAAAAAUAGAUGAACACAGAAAAGUCAUUUAUUUUGUGAAAUACUCUCUACAAUUGUCCAAAAGCCCAUAUCUAAAAUGAUUCUGGCACCAUAUUCUGAAUAACAAAACAAAUUUUAUUAUUAAAUUAUUUAAAAAAAAGCUCCUCACACAUUUUUUGUCAGACUGACCCUUAUUUUCAAACCUUAUUCUCCAAAACCUCAGCUUUAGAGUUGGUGACCCCUCGAUGAAACCUCAAAAACAAUUUCUGCCUACCCAAACAGCACGAUUUCAAGCCGGAUUGACUGCGCUUGAAAGAUGAACGCUAAUACGUAAUCGAUGGAAACAUGUAUCUACAAUAUCCGUAUUUACUGAAUGUAAAGUGUUUAAAAGUGUACACAUUCCAACGUAAUUACCGUAGUAAGGUACAAAUCUUGCUCACUGUAAGUACCUAUACUUCACUAGCCGCUGUAUUUCCCCCAAACCGACCUCUCUGCUUGUAAUGAAACAGAUAUACGUAAGUUUCGUCUACGUAAAUAAAAAUACACGGUAAACUGAUAGGUACCUACAUAUCUGCAUAACAAACUGAUUACUUAAGUAGGUUUCUAGAUUUAUGUUUUAACGAGAUCUAUUAAUGCUCAGGACAUUGAUCAACCAAUAACCAAAACGCGAUUGUUGCAAUCGCGCCAACAAAUUUAAGAUCGGCAUGCGCAACUUAAUUAUUCAAAAUUCUUGCGCACCACUAAACGAUAUUGCAUGUGUGUAAUUAAGUAUUUCUAAUGAGUAUUUACUGUGAGAAUAAUUGGAAUCCUUUAACGAACGUUUUUUUCAAGACUGAAAAAAGAAAAGAAAAAUGAUGUAAUAUUAUUGCGUGUUCUCUUAUUCUCGCUGAUCCAUUAUUCAUUACGAGCCGUCAAGAACAAAGAUUUUGCCGCAUUUUGUCACUAUAUACGCUAUGUUUUAGCUAACGCGACUUGAAAAGUAUUAAUUAAUGUGUAUUUAAGGUUACCUACGUAUAGUGCAAGGUACUGAACUCUUAGACUUUGUCUAGUACUACUCGCGACUGUUUCGGGGUAGUACGAUGUAAUCCGACACUGGUUAUGUUCUCUGUAUAUAAAAUGUAAUUUGAAGUUAUGUACAUAGUUUCUAACACUAUUUAUUGCUUUUAUAUAUAAUUUAAACAAA